UUUUCUCUCCUGUGGCUUUUUCUCUUAGAAUUGUACUUCGACAGAGGAAACCAUCAUGAGUUUGUCUCUCUGGUUAAGGAUUUAGCUCGGCCUGGAGAAAUGGCUCAGUCUCAGACCUUUGAUUUUGAGUUCACACACGUGGAGAAACCGUACGAGUCCUACACAGGCCAGAAUGUAAAACUACGCUAUUUCCUGCGGGCGACCAUCAGCAGGAGACUUAAUGACGUCUGCAAAGAGUUGGACAUUGUAGUGCACACGCUCAGCACAUAUCCAGAACUCAACUCCUCCAUAAAGAUGGAGGUGGGAAUUGAGGACUGUCUACACAUUGAGUUUGAGUACAACAAGUCCAAGUAUCACCUGAAAGAUGUGAUUGUAGGGAAGAUCUAUUUCCUGUUGGUGCGAAUUAAGAUCAAACACAUGGAAAUUGAUAUUAUUAAACGGGAGACAACAGGGACGGGGCCAAAUGUGUACCAUGAAAAUGACACCAUUGCAAAAUACGAGAUAAUGGAUGGAGCACCUGUACGAGGUGAAUCCAUCCCUAUCCGUCUUUUUCUGGCUGGGUACGAGAUGACGCCCACCAUGAGGGACAUUAAUAAGAAAUUCUCUGUUCGUUAUUACCUGAAUCUUGUACUCAUUGAUGAAGAAGAGAGACGUUACUUCAAACAACAG